AUGCUUAAUAUUUGUACACGCCCGUUGUGGUGUCUAACAUAUUUGAUUUGUACCUCAGUUUUUGAUAAGUUCAUGGAAGAAAUUUUUCAUCCUCCAUUCUGUCUGCCACCACUUGUUAAAGUUGACAAUGAGCAAGCUUUUGCGGGGUUCAAACUUUCUAAUCCAACAACAGCCGUGAUACAAAUUUCAACUGAAUCAAAAGAUUUUCUGUUAUAUAACAACAGUAUUGAUCGAACAGUUGUAUCCUCAUUAAAUGAAAUUACGCAUAACCCCACAAUAUUGAAAAUUAUACACGAUGUACUACAAGAUGCUAUUUAUUUACGGGAGGAAUAUGCAUUAGAGUUCUGUAAUAUGUUCGAUACGGACACUGCUAGUGAACUACUGGAACUACUGAAAAGAAAAUAUUCUUUUUUAUUGUAA